AUGGCACGUGGGCGACAAAGCGUUGGUUCAUCUCCAAGCUUAAACAGCUUCUGCCCCAUGAGGAUGUUGCAGGACAUAGCUUUUGUGCAGGUGGAACCACCGAAUUGGUUGCAUGAGGAGUACAGCUUGUUGGGGCUUUUUCCUGGUUUUUUCGGCGGAUCGGUGCGUCAUGCUUGGUAUGGCAAGGCUUGUUGGUGCUUUAUCCUGGUAUCUUCGAUGCGUGUUGCUUCUUGCUAUGUGUUGAGUGUCUUUGUUGUUUCCUCAUUGAUUGAUGAUUUUCUGCAUGCUUAUUGUACUGUUACUUAUGUUUCACAAAUUGGGCAGAGAUUGUCGUUUGUUGAGUUUAUAAUCAGUGAUGCACAAUCGGUUGAAUUGUGCGUUUUCGUCCUUGGAAGUUGGAUAGUCAUGAACGUGGAGUUAUCCGUCUUGCUAAAACUUAGUCCUUUGAGUAAGCAUGAAUAUGGGAUGAUUCAAUGGUUUUCAGAAGUUGAAUUAUCAAGAGGUCAAAGCGGAGAGUCUUUAGAUACUGGCCAGGCCGAUCCAUUAUUGUUAAGCCAUUGGUUGCUUCAGGCCAGCUGUUCAUAUCAUUUGGUGAUUCCUUCGUAUGUCUUUUUGACUAGUGCUACAAUAUUCAGGAUAGCUGUGGCUUGUUGGUCCAAGGCUGGUUCAUUGCCAAAUAUUUCAGAGUUGUUAUUAUAG